AUGGAAGAAGCUAAUCAGAAACAAAAUUUAUCUUUCCAGAUAGCCUAAUUGGAAGAAGAGUACAACAAUUACAUAGACUCUUCUGAGGUUGUUAUGGAAUACUAUAAAAAUCAGUAAACAAGUGGAUUGGAUAAGCAUUUUCUGAAAAUCGAAGAAUGGUUGGAUUAGGAUGUUAAAGGCAAAUAAAAUCUUCCAUUGGUCAUAGAGGCAGAAGAUGGUGUAGGCAAAAAAACAUUACUUGUCAAGUGGAUUGGAUAUCAUAAUGCCAACAAAAAAGGAAGGUAUUAAGACAUCAUUAUUCCCCAUUUUGCAAUGGUUGGAGGAAACAACAGUAACUAUUUCUAUGCCAUAUAUCGAAUAUUGGUGAAAUUGAGGGAAUUGCUGAACAUAGGAUAGAAAGUAGAGUUAUUAGAAGAGAAACUUCGGAAAUACUUUGCAUAUUGGUUGGACAUCUGCAAUUCACACAUAGAGAACCAAAUUCUCAAGGAAGCCAAAACUCUUUAUAAUAGAAUCAUCCUUAUCUUUGAGGGUGUUAAUCACUUUGUUGACUAAGGCAAUGGAAUCUCAAAAGAAGCUAAUGUUUCCUUCUGGUUACCAUAAUUCUUUCCGCCCAGAAUCAAAGUUAUUUUGACAGCUUCUAAGAAUUCAGGAGCAAUGCAAUAUCUAUAGAAAAUCAAUUCACAAAUCAUAUCAAUCAAAGUGGAACCUAAAAUCAUUGAGAAGAUGAUUGAGACACAUAAAAAAAGAAAAACCUUUCUUUCUGACUCACUUAAGGAUAAAUUAUUAAAUAUUCUGACUCAAACUAAAUGUGAGAUGAAUUCUAUAUUUUGUAAGACAUUUCUUUCACUUCUGAUUCCAUAUCCCAGUCUUGGAAUCAUUGGAGAAGGUGAUGUUAGACCAGACACUAUUGAAUCUUUGGUAUCUUAAAUCGAUAUGGCUAAAUUGUAAGAGGUUACUGGUUUAGAAGAUUUGGUGAAUUUUAUAUUGGAUCAUUUUCAAACCAAAAUGUUUAAGGAUUAAGAAAAAUUUAUUAAAUUGCUUCUAUGCUUUACAAUAACUUAAAAAGGUUUGAUGAUCUAAGAAGCAUUGAUUAUUUGUCAAUUGAAUGAGAAUGAUUGGAAGACAUUUUUGGUGUUCUUUAAAGUGUACCUUAUGCAUUAUAAAGAAUAUUGGAUUAUUAAUAAUGAUCUGUUUAAGAGUAUCAUCUAGAAAAGAUAUAUAAAAGAGAACUCUUUAGUUCCUAAAUUACAUGAGGAAAUUGCUGAUCAUUUAAAUAAAUCUACUAACUCCAUAAGGAAAUUAGAAGAGCAAACAUAUCAUCUAUUCAUGGCUAAAACAUACUUUAAGUUAAAGGAAAUAGUGUCUGCAAUUGAGAAUUUCCUAUUAUUAUUUAAUCCCAAUAAUAAAUACGAUUUAUGUCGAUAUUGGUAAAAGCUGGAGGAACAAGGGUUUGAUCCAGUCAUAGAAUACAAUAAAGCUAUAGAAGGUUUUGCUAUGCAGUAUCAUCCUAGUAGUGAGGACAUUUUUAGAAUCAUAGUGCAAGUGUCAAGAUUUUUAAAAGAGUUUUGUGAUUUUGAAACUUAUUAUACUCCAAGUUUUAGACAUCCACCGAUUUAAGGAAUUGAAGAUGAAUUAGAUGAUAUCGGAUUAUUAAAUGAACUUUAUAGAAUGAAUCUAUGUUACAUAAUUGAUGCCAAUCCUAAAAAAAUUGGGAAUAAUGAUGAAAAUUAUAAAUCACCAUAAGAGAGAAUCAAUGAAAAGAUAGAGAAGCUUAAAUCUAAAUAAGUAUUAUAAAAAGAUUAGAAAUAAACCAAGAAGCCUGGGAAGGAAGAGGAUGUUAAGAAAACAUAACCUACUAUCAGUCUGUUAGAGAAAAAGAAGAAACCAGAAAUAUUGACUAAACUAGAAAAAUUGAAUGUGGAUAUUCCUUAUAAUAGAGAAUAAGUAAAGAAGUUCUUUGAAGAAAAAAUAGGGAUUAGUAAUUUUCAAGAAGAGAAACAAAGAGAGAAAGAAUCAGAGGAUGCUAAGAUCUAUUAAAAAUUAGAAAAUGGGUAGGUUUCAAUGAAAGAUUUGGACAUUAAUUUAAGCAAGGACGAAGAUGUUCAAUUGAAAAAGCCAGAUUAACUAAAGCUAACACAUAAUUCAAUUUAAGUUAAGAAAUUAGAAGAGUAAUCAUUAGUUAGUGAAAGAAAACCGACAGAUUAUUAUUAUAAGAGAUGGAUUUGGAUUCAAUUUCCAUGGGUUUGCUUAUCUGUUCAUAGUGAUUAUUCUGCCAAAAUGAAAUAAUGUUUUGCCAAGGCCACUGAGUAUAUGAGUGUCUAAGAAGAAAAGGCCUUUACAAAAUAAGCAUUAAAGAUAGCUAUUGAAGCUAAAUUGAAGAAGAAGAUGAUGUAUCAAAAAUAAGAGGACAUAAAUACUACUCUAUUCAAUGACAAAGAAUUAUCUGUUAUUCCAGUUAAAUAAGAAUAGAACACAUCAAUCUUGACAUUGAUGAAAUAAUAAAAUGAUUUACCUGGUGUAAAAGGAUUUAAAAGGGAGAAAUCAUUAGCAGAUAAUACUAUAAACAAUUUGAACCAGAAAUCUACGUAUAGAGAAGUCAAAUCCACAAAAAUGCACACUACUAGUUUGCAAUUCUUCAUUACCGAGGAUCAAAUGAGUCUCUCUCAAAUUCACAAGGAAAUAGAAGAAUAGAAGAAAUAAUAACAAUAAAAUUAAGUUGAUAAAAAACAAACAACUCUCCCUUCUAUCCAUAAAACUCAAGAAGUUUCUUUAAAUACAACUAUGAGGAUUAUUGACAAAUCUAAAAUGCAAAAAGAAAAAUUCAAAUAGUUCAAUCCAGAAACCAUUAAUAAAUCUUCUUAAUCAAUUUUACCUAGAUUAAAGAGUGAAAUUGCACUUCAUAAUGGCAAAGAACUGUAUAUAAUGUUAUAAUAAGCAAAGGAUUUGAAGAAGGAACUUGACAAUAUAAUUUAUUAAAAUCAAACCGCUACAAAGAAAUUAGCUAAUUUAAGAACACUUCAACAUAACGAGGGAUUCGGAACGGAUGUAGAUACGGUUUCAUAAAUUUAAGACAAAAUUGAAAACCUGAAAAGAUUGAGGGAAGAAGCAGAACAUGACUAUUUAUUGAGUAUGGUAUAAGAUAGUAGAUUGAGAAUUAUUAUUAAAAUCAGUGGUGACAAUAGAUCUUAUAAUGAAGAAUGGAUCAGAGACUUAAACUAUUUAUAAUGUAAUCUAAACAAAUUAAUUAAAUAUGAGAAAUAAGAGAUCAUCAAAAUGGAGACUGAAAUAAAACAAAUCCACAUUAUACAUGUUUAAUAUGUAGAUGCCUUUAAUAACAAUAUGAAUUAUUCCAAAUAAAUGAUUGAUUAAAUCAAUAAAACUGUUAGACAGAAGGAAGACUUCGAUCAUUACUUUUAAUAAUCAGAUUCUAUCAUAUAAUAAUAAUCAUCCGAAAAGAUGCAAAAAUUACAACAACAAUAUGCUUAAAAUGAAGAUAAAGAACAGUAGAGAGUAAAAAGAAUUCAACUUGAAAGAAACAGUAAAGCUAUCUCUGACAAGCUUGAAGUUCUUAGAUCAACAAUGGCGCAUGUUAGUCAAUACAUAGAAAUAGAAAAUUCUGAUUAUUCCAAGGAAGAGAGGUUCGUUGAAUUUUUAAAUCAAUUAGAAAUUAAAACAUCACUCGAAGCCAAAAUAUCAUCUUAAGAAGAUCAACUGAGUGACUUGUACCUUAAAUUAAAUAAAUAGAAGAUGUAUUUAAAUACGUUCAAAAAUGCUAAUUCAAAUGAAAAUAAGAAAUAACGUGAAAAAACAAUUAAAUAUAUAUAAGGGAAAGUGUAAGACAAUGAAACAAUUUAAAUGUUAUUGGAGAAAAGAGAUUUCUAAUUAAAAUAGAAUUAAGCCAAGGAAAAACAAAAAAAUAAAUUACAGCUUCAAUUAUUAGAUUACAAAAUAAGCAUCAAGAAUAUUAGAUCCAAAAUGUAACAGUCAAAAUUAAAAAGCAUCUCUGAACAAGGAACUGCUGUAAAGAUAACAUUAAUUAAUGAUAUAUAUGAAGAUUUAACCAAAAGAUAAAAUUUCAUCAAAGAGAAGCUGGGUGAAGAGAUGUUUUAAUAAUUCUUAGCUAAAAAACUCGACUUUAAUAAAAUGUACAAAGCAGCAUUUAAAUAUCAUUAAGACCCAGCUUUAACACAAAUGGAACCUUAUUGA